AUGUUGAACAAGAUGACCUUACAUCCACAGCAGAUAAUGAUAGGUCCUAGGUUUAACAGGGCCUUAUUUGACCCCCUGCUUGUGGUGCUGCUGGCUCUUCAACUUCUUGUGGUGGCUGGUCUGGUGCGGGCUCAAACCUGCCCUUCUGUCUGCUCCUGCAGCAACCAGUUCAGCAAGGUGAUUUGCGUUCGGAAAAACCUACGUGAGGUUCCAGAUGGCAUCUCCACCAACACCCGGCUGCUGAACCUCCAUGAGAACCAAAUCCAGAUCAUCAAAGUGAAUAGCUUCAAACACUUGAGGCACCUGGAAAUCCUACAGUUGAGUAGGAAUCAUAUCAGAACAAUUGAAAUUGGGGCCUUCAAUGGUCUGGCAAACCUCAACACCCUGGAACUCUUUGACAAUCGUCUUACGACCAUCCCAAAUGGAGCUUUUGUAUAUUUGUCUAAACUGAAGGAACUCUGGUUGCGAAACAACCCCAUUGAAAGCAUCCCUUCUUAUGCUUUUAACAGAAUCCCUUCUUUGCGCCGGCUAGACUUAGGGGAAUUAAAAAGGCUUUCAUAUAUCUCAGAAGGUGCCUUUGAAGGUCUGUCCAACUUGAGGUAUUUGAACCUUGCUAUGUGCAACCUCCGAGAAAUCCCUAACCUCACGCCGCUCAUAAAACUAGAUGAGCUGGAUCUUUCUGGGAAUCAUCUGUCUGCCAUCAGGCCUGGCUCUUUCCAGGGGUUGAUGCACCUUCAAAAACUGUGGAUGAUACAGUCCCAGAUUCAAGUGAUUGAACGGAAUGCCUUUGAUAACCUUCAGUCACUGGUGGAGAUCAACCUGGCACACAACAAUCUAACAUUACUGCCUCAUGACCUCUUCACACCCUUGCAUCAUCUAGAACGGAUACACUUACAUCACAACCCCUGGAACUGUAACUGUGACAUACUGUGGCUCAGCUGGUGGAUAAAAGACAUGGCCCCCUCCAACACAGCUUGCUGUGCCCGGUGUAACACCCCUCCCAAUCUGAAAGGGAGGUACAUUGGGGAGCUUGACCAGAAUUAUUUCACAUGCUAUGCACCUGUCAUUGUGGAGCCCCCAGCAGACCUCAAUGUCACUGAAGGCAUGGCAGCUGAGCUGAAAUGUCGGGCCUCCACGUCCCUGACUUCUGUAUCUUGGAUUACUCCUAACGGAACAGUCAUGACACAUGGGGCAUACAAAGUGCGGAUAGCCGUGCUCAGUGAUGGCACGUUAAACUUCACGAAUGUAACUGUGCAAGAUACAGGCAUGUACACAUGUAUGGUGAGUAAUUCUGUUGGAAAUACCACUGCUUCGGCCACCCUGAAUGUUACUGCAGCAAACACUACUCCCUUCUCGUACUUUUCAACCGUCACAGUAGAGACUAUGGAACCUUCUCAGGAUGAGGCAAGGACCACAGAUAACAAUGUGGGUCCCACUCCAGUGAUUGACUGGGAGACCACCAAUGUGACCACUUAUCUCACCCCACAGAGCACAAGGUCAACAGAAAAAACAUUCACCAUCCCUGUGACUGAUAUAAACAGUGGGAUCCCAGGAAUCGAUGAAGUCAUGAAGACUACCAAAAUCAUCAUUGGCUGUUUUGUGGCCAUCACACUCAUGGCUGCAGUGAUGCUGGUCAUUUUCUACAAGAUGAGGAAGCAGCACCAUAGGCAAAACCAUCAUGCCCCAACGAGGACUGUUGAAAUUAUUAAUGUGGAUGAUGAGAUUACAGGAGACACACCCAUGGAAAGCCACCUGCCCAUGCCUGCUAUUGAGCAUGAGCACCUAAACCACUACAACUCUUACAAAUCUCCCUUCAACCACACCACAACAGUUAACACAAUAAAUUCAAUACACAGUUCAGUGCAUGAACCGUUAUUGAUCCGAAUGAACUCUAAAGACAAUGUCCAAGAGACUCAAAUCUAA